ACUUCAACUAAAAAAAAAAACAAUUAUUCUAUCGCCCCUAAACCAAACCGGCGUCCCCCUUACGGUCAUGGAGGUGGAGUCUCAGAUACCUCAUCCAGUGUCGCCACCUAGGCCGAAAGGGCUGACGGUGGCGUCCAGGCUCAACACGUACGUGGCAGGUAGUUGGGUGGGGAAGCGGUUCAAGCUGUCGGAGCGCGGGAGCACCUUCACGACCGAGCUGAGGGCCGGGACUGCCACCUUUCUCACCAUGGCCUACAUCCUUGCUGUGAAUGCCUCCAUCCUCGCCGACUCUGGGGGCCCCUGCUCUGUCUCCGACUGCGUUCCCCUCUGCUCCGACCCGUCUGUAUCGGUCUCAAACUGCACUGGUCCUGGCCACUCAGUCUCCCAGCCGAAUGUCUCGUGCAAGUUCAACCCAGUCAACCCGGGCUAUGCUGCCUGCCUAGACCGGGUCCGGAAGGACCUGAUAGUCGCCACCGCAGCCUCCUCCCUCAUCGGGUGCAUCAUCAUGGGCACAUUUGCUAACCUUCCCCUCGGCCUUGCUCCAGGGAUGGGCGCAAAUGCUUAUUUUGCCUACACGCUGGUCGGGCAUCACGGGUCCGGCCACAUCUCAUACCAGAGCGCCCUAGCAGCGGUGUUCAUGGAGGGCCUACUCUUCCUCCUAAUCUCCGCUGUUGGGCUCCGGGCGAAGCUCGCAAAGCUCAUCCCAAAGCCCGUCCGGAUCAGUGCAUCGGCUGGCAUCGGGCUGUUCCUGGCCUUCAUUGGGCUGCAGAACAAUCAGGGGAUCGGGCUGAUCGGGUACAGUCCUUCAACUCUAAUCACCCUCGGAGGCUGCCCGAGUUCAUCUCGGACCUCACUCGCACCUGUGAUCGCCGCUGCCAAUGGGACCUUAAGCCUGAUCCCCAGUGGGACCGUCUCAGGAGAAAUCCUCUGCCUCAAGGACCGUAUGGAGAGCCCGACGCUCUGGCUCGGAAUCGUAGGAUUCGUGAUCACAGCCUACUGUUUAGCAAAGAACAUGAAGGGCGCUAUGAUUUAUGGCAUCGUCUUUGUCACAGUGGUCUCAUGGUUUCGCAACACUUCUGUCACAACAUUCCCGAACACAGAAUCGGGGAAUUCUGCAUACGCAUACUUCAAGAAGGUGAUCGACAUCCACGUGAUUGAGAAGACGGCGGGGGCCCUCAGCUUCGCGAGCAUCGGGAAGGGAUCCUUCUGGGAGGCCGUCAUAACGUUCCUUUACGUGGACAUACUCGACACGACGGGUUCGCUCUACUCAGUGGCGCGGUUUGCCGGGUUUGCCAGCCCCAAUGGGGACUUUGAAGGGCAGUACUUUGCCUUCAUAUCAGACGCGUCUGCGAUAGUGUUGGGGUCACUCCUUGGGACAUCGCCAGUGAUGGCCUCCGUCGAGUCGAUGGCAGGGAUCAGGGAGGGCGGGAGGACAGGGCUGACGGCCAUCAUGGUGGCGGGCUACUUUUUCCUGGCCUUCUUUAUCACGCCGCUGCUGGCCUCGAUCCCGGCCUGGGCGGUCGGGCCACCACUUGUGCUGGUCGGGGCGAUGAUGAUGAAGGCCAUCGUAGAGAUUGAGUGGGACGACAUGAGGCAAGUUAUUCCGGCGUUUGUUACGCUAAUGCUCAUGCCGCUUACCUUUUCCAUAGCCUACGGGCUUAUUGGUGGAAUCGGGACUUACAUCGUCCUGCAUCUAUGGGACUGGGGCAAUGAACUCCUAGGCCACUUGGGAUUAGCCAAAAGGAGGAAUAGUGCAGUCAACAGGGAUGCGUAUGCCAAUUCGAUCGAGGACGGGAGUACAAAACCGGCUGUUCCGCUGAACCAACCAUGACAAUCUCGACUGGCUAGUCUCCUCAUCUUAUUGAAAGGACAGUGUAGGAUACAAUUUCAAUUUUCGAUAUUACUUUGAUCGAAUGUUGGUGCAUUCAAGUUCUUAUAAGUUUUUAAUGAAAUUAUUAAUUACAUGG